AAUAACCGUCGAACCGGCGCUCCGGUAGUUAGGACGCGUGUGUGUGUGGAUGGUGUCCUUAACACUGUAUCGCUCAGAUUUAUGCCAGGUCCUUGCAAAUGAAGGCUUUUCAUCUGUUUAUUUGAAUGCUUAAUAUUUUAGUAAACUUCGGAAGAGGCCAUGACUGCUCGAGGCACUCCUAGUCGUUUUUUACAAAGCGUUCUGCAGAACGGAGUUGGUCGAUACGUGUGUCAGCUGAAACGUGUGUCUCUUAUAUUCUCUAAAAAUGGACAGAGUUCCUUGGGGGUCAGGGAGUUUAUUGAGGAUGGUGUGGUUGACUUUGCCGAAAAGAACCCAGGAAUUGUCGUCUACGUCUCUCCCGAGUCAUGCAGAAUCCCCAAAAUUGUUGCUGAAUAUCUCAAUGGUAAUGUGAAGAAAGAGCUUGUCACCAAUAAAACAUCACAACAGAUUGCAGAGCUGAUUACUAAAAUGGCUAAUCAGUCUGGCCUGGACAUCAUCCGCAUCCGAAAGCCUUUCCACACAGACAGCCCGAGUAUACAAGGCCAGUGGCAUCCUUUUACCAACCGGCCGCCCAGCACAAAACCUGUUGGCCCACAGGCUAAAUGAAGACAAUGAUUUCUACUUGCGCUACACUGACUGUUUUGCCAUCUUACAAAUUACUAAGUGAAUGUAACACCUUGAAUAAUGCUGGUAUAUAGUGGAUGAAAUUAGGGGGGGGAACUAUUUGAAUAUUGGCUGAAUGUUGAGCGCUGAAUAAAGGCAGAUUAACUCCACUCUCUGGUUUUGACAGUCUCAAAAGGCCCUGGGAUGAAGGCUCUGGGAUCAUUCUUAUAUGAUGUUGUGGAGCUAUAAAUAAAUAGUGAAACAAAUGCUAAAUAAUAAAAAACACACAUUGAUUAGAAAAUUAAUUUAUUGAUAUAUUGGAAAAGAA